AGCACUUAUAUUUUGUGUAAUUAUUUGUUUGUUAUUAUAAGAAAAACUAUCCAGAUGAAAAGAAAGAAAACUGAUGGAUAAUUUGUAUGAUGAAAUGAAACAUUUUUAUAAGAAACAAUAAUAAUGGCAAAUCAAUUUACAUCUAAUCUAGUAACGUUUAUUAUUAAAGCAUAUCAGUUACAAACAUAUUCAUUAUUAUUGAGAUACAGUAUAAAAUCAAAAAUAUGUUUAUUUAAUUUAUUUACAAUACAAAUAAUAAGAAAGUAUUCUUUUCAUACUUAUAAAUACAAUGAAUUUUAUACAAAAAAUAUGUUUAACACAUUUACAAGUGUAUAUACAAGCCAUAAUCAGUCAUUAAUUAUUGAUUUAUCAAAUAUUCUUUCUAUUGAUAAGUAUGAAGCAUUAAAAAUCUGGAAAGAAAUCAUUAAAUAUAAAGUAUUAACAAGAGAAGAGACAAUAAAUAUGAUUACUGUUGCAAAUAAAGCUGGUUUAUCGGUAUCUUCAAUUGUCGAAAACCUGCCUAUAUUAAUAAAAAACAUUAACACCUUGGAAGAAAAGAUCAGGUGUAUUCAAAAUCUUGACAGUGAUAUCACUGAAAUGCUUCCAUUGCUAAACAUAAGCAGAAAGUAUUUAGAUAUAUUAAUGUUUAUUGAAGAAGAGAGAAGUCAAAAUAAAAAAAAUAAAAUAAAUAAAAUCAAAUAUCUUGCAGAUGAAUUACAGUGUAGUGUACAUACAUUAUGUAAAUAUAUUGAAAACCAACCUACAGUAAUAACAAUUUCUAUUAGAAGAAUAAAAACAAUUAUAAAAAUAUUGAAAGAAUUUGAUUAUGAAUUAAAGGAUAUAUUAGUCGCUCUUUGGAUAUUUAAUUAUAAUGCAAGAACUAUACACAGAAGGUCAUCAAUGAUGCAAGCAGCAGGAAUGCAAAACAUAAAACCUUGGAUAAUUCGAAGUUCUGUACAUGAAUUACGCAAAUAUAUCAAAAAAUUAAGGAAACAACAAAUGUUAAAUGAUAUUUAUGGUAGUCACGUAGAUUUUUUAGUUAGAAAAUUAAAUAUAACUGAAGAUGAAGUUAGAUUUUAUAUUAAUAGAUCUCCCGAUUUAUUAGAUAUACCAGUAAAUAAAAUGAAUGAAGUAAUAAACAUACUGCAGAGAUAUGGAUAUAAUGCUCAAGAUAUUUUAAUGUGUCAACGUAUUUUUUUACUUAGAACAACAUUACUAGAAGAACGUCUUAAAAUAUUACAACAAUUACGGGGAAAACAUAGACUGUCAUUAGUAUAUUGUAGUGCAAAGAUCUUUGAAACUAUAGUUAAAUAUACAUUUAAACUUAAUUCUAAAACAACAUCUAAUACUGAUGAUAAAUAAAUCUAAUAAGUAACAUGUAAAUUUAUUAUAUAUGAAUACAAAGUUGUUAAAUGAUAUGAUAUAAUUUAUGUAAUAAAUUUAUAUAUCUGAAAUAUUUUUUU